CGACAUCGCAAUCGCCCUCAAUUAAACUAGAGUCUAAUGAAUCCAGUCUACGAAUAACACGUCACACCGAUUGUAAACUGCUAACGACCAAUUAACAGGCUAACUGUAGCAAAACAGUUACUACCAUGAAUUAUUAGAGCGCAACGUUGACGUGAACCAGAAUAUUAUGUGUAUUCUGGUAUCGAAUAUGACAAACCUAUUCAUCCUCAUCAUUGUAUCGAAAUUCUAUUUCACUUUCUCCUUUACGCCUCUAUCCAAGGAAGAGCAGAUAAAAAACUUCAAUAAACUAAACGACGACGUGGAACCGUUUAGAAGGAAUUUAACCGAAUGUGCGCGACAAGUCAAGGCUUCGAUGGUAGAUGUUGAAAAUUUCCUUAAACGAAUCCCACAAUCCUCCGUGCAGGGUAAGUGCUUCGUCGCUUGCAUAUUGAAACGCAAUAAAAUCAUUGUCAAGAACGAAAUAAGCAAACAGAAUCUUUUAGAAGUAAACCGAGCGGUAUACGGACACGACACAGAAGUGAUGACCAGAUUAAACUCUGCGAUAGCCGAAUGCAGUGAUGUCGUGGAGGGAAUUUUCGAAAUAUGUGAAUAUGCAUCUAUAUUUAACGACUGCAUGCACAUGAGGAUGGAGCAUUUACUGGACAAAGUGACGAUGGAGAGGAGAAUGGAAACGUUAGGACAAAUGACAUCAAACCCGGACAUUUGGACGGAGGACGAUGACGAGAUUUUGAAAUUAGUCAAAGAUGAAUUGUAAGCGCCCGUUUACAAGUUGAAGCAAAACUGCUCAAGUAAAUAGAUACGACUAUUAUUGUUUUAAAAUUUGCUUUAGUCAAUUUAUUUGUAAUAUCGAAAUCGGUGUAUGUGAUUGUAAUGUGAAAUAAAAAAUCAUGAUACAUG